AUGGCGGAGAGUGAGUUUGCGGCGCGGGUGCAUCCGGCGGUGCUGCGGCUGGGGUUAAGCUACGCGGACGGCAGCAUCACGGGAGGGAACGCGCGCUGCGUCGCCCUGCUCGCCACCCUGCGCACCGUGCUGCAGGAUUACGCGACUCCGGAGGGCAAGGUGUUGUCGCGCGACCUGACGCAUGUGCUAAACACGGCCAUCCAGUUCCUGGUGGAGUGCCGCCCGCUCUCCGUCUCCAUGGGCAACGCCAUCAAGUACCUCAAGCUCCAGGCAAAGCCCCAGCCUCUCUCUCUUUACCUCUACGAGGCCAAGGCUCACCUCAUCGAGAAGCUAGACACCUACGUGCAGGAGAAGAUAGUAUUUGCUGGGGACAUGCUGGCGAGCAACGCCAUUGCCAAGAUAGAGGAUGGUGACGUCAUCCUCACCUACGCCAGCUCAUCCAUCGUCUUUGACAUCCUCGUCAAGGCACACCAGGCGGGGAAGCAGUUCCGGGUGGUGCUGGCGGACGCGCGGCCGCAGCUGGAGGGGCAGGCUCCGCUCAAGCGCCUGAUCAAGCGCGGCAUCCCCACCACCUACAUCCUCCUCAACUCCCUCUCCUGCCUCAUCUCCGAGGUCAGCAAGGUGUUUCUGGGCGCGUCGGCGGUCCUGAGCAACGGCACCGUCAUUUCGCGCGUCGGCUCCGCAGCUGUUGCCAUGCUGGCGGCUUCCCGGGAGCUGCCGGUGAUGGUGUGCUGCGAGACGUACAAGUUUCACGAGCGGGUGCAGCUGGACUCCAUCACAUCGAAUGAGCUGGGCGACCCAGACGCCCUCGUAGACGUGCCCUUCCGCCCAGAAGCCUCCGCCCUGCGCGACUGGCGUUCCCUCCCGCGCCUCGGCCUGCUGAACCUGGUGUAUGACGCCAUGCCAGCAGACUUUGUGACGCUGAUUGUCACGGAGUUUGGGUUGAUCCCUCCCACCUCUGUCCCUGUCAUCCUAAGGGAGUACAGGCAGGACCCUGUCAUGUGAUAGGCUGCCCUCGAUUGAUGCCAUAGGAUUUCUCAGUGGAUCGCGUUGAUGUCUCUGCCAUUGUCUCAGUCUCCGAGCAAGGGCCAAUGUGGGUAUGGUAUGCAAUGGAAUCAAUCACGUCAAUGAAGUGGGGAAACAGCCAAGUGCAGUGCACACUACUAAUGUAAGGAACUAAACAGAACAAGAAA